AUUUUGGCUCGAGGGGGCCUGAGUCCAGAGCACUGUCGAUACUCCUGGGGGCUUGUAGCCGCAGCUCCGGGGCUAUGGGAGCCCGACGCCUCCUCUCGCGAUCCCUGGCGCCCGCGCUGCUGCUCGCCGCAUGGGCGGCGUGGAGGGCGGCACCCGCCAGAGCACCUGCCCCGGAGGCGGCUGUGCCCGCGGCGGCGGCGAGGCAGGCGCGCAGCGGCGUCCGCUCGACAAACACAUCUGCGAAUGCUUCCGUUGCGUCCGCGACCUCGGCCCCGACGCCGAGCGCACUCCCAGCGGCGGAGCUGGUGCAGUCGGACGCGACACCGGCAGCGCUGUCGGACAGGAGGCUUACCCUCAGCAACUACAACGACGGCUACUCCUUCCUGCCUGCCGGCAUGACCUGCCAUGAGGUGGGGCUCCCCGACGUGGGGAGCUCGUCGGAGUGCCAGAACUUCGCGAUGGUUGCUGCCGGCCUGAGCGGUAAGACCUACACUGGAAUCCCGGCAGCAUUAGGAUUCAGCUGUGUCUACAACGACGUCGAAGACGGUGGGGUUCUCUACUCCACGUCCACCGGAGACGCCACAGCGUCAAACGAUGAUUACCGGUACAUUUGCCCAGGCUUUUACACGAGCACAGUUUCCUCCUCCGCGACCGAGACCGUAACGUCGGGGCCUGGCUUCUCGAUCCUGCCACUGGGAUGGACGUGCCCCGACGCAGGCCUGCCAGACAUUCCGAGCCAAGAUAAUUGCUUCAGCACCGCGGCGCCAGCUGUUGGUGUGACCGUGACCUCCACCUCGCAGGUUUUCGUCGCGGGCACGGCGGCCGGGAUCAGCUGCGUCUAUGACGAGGUUAAAAAUCUGUUAUAUUUCGGCGAAGCGACAGGUGAGCAGACCCAGGGUGAUCCAGAAUACCGCUUUAUCUGCCUAGGGGUAUACACGACUACGGAGACCUCCAGCUCAACGACCAGCUCUAGCGCAACCAGCAGCACCACAGCGACCACCACCGCGACCAGCAGCACCACUGCGACCAGCAGCAACACGUUUACCAGCAGCACCACUGCGACCAGCACGACAGAAACCAGCACCUUUACGACUACGGGUAGCAGCUCGACUACUGCCACCAUCACGUCGACUGGCAGCAGCACCACCAGCGCCACGACGACUGGCAGCAGCACCACCAGCGCCACCACAGUGCUGUACUCCCUGCUGUCGUUCUCUCAAACCUGUCUGGACUUUGGCGUCGCUGACGUGGCCACCGAAGACGAGUGCUACAACGUGGCGCGGGUCGCCGCUGGCCUGUCAGACAAGGGUACGUUUCCUGGCACAUUUUCGGGCUUCUAUGGCUGCGUUUACGACGCUGGAUCUGACAUCGUCAUGUUUGCGAACGACGGGAGCGCCAGCACAGCGCUGGCGCAGUGGCAGUACAUUUGCAAAGGCGAGACCACUACGACCACCACUGGGACCAGCAGCACCAGCGCAACCAGCAGCACAACGCGCAGCACCAGCAGCGGAACCAGCAGCACCACCGUGACAACACGACCGGGACCAGCAGCACAACGGUGACCAGCACGUCGGGGACCAGCACCCUUAGCGCGACCAGCAGCACCACUGCAACGGUAACCAGCACGUCCACUCUCAGCAGCACAACUGUGACAAGUAGCACUUCACAGACCAGCACGACGGGGACCAGCAGUACCACUGUAUCCACACGACGGGUUCCAGCAGCACCACGCGCAGCAGUACUAGUGCAACCAGCAGCACCACGCUAACCUUCACCUACACCAGCACCAUCACUCUGACCAGCGCGACGGGAACCAGCAGCACCACGCG